AUGUCUACUUCCAGCAACGGAACGUCCCCGUUAACUCUCAUAUCAGCAACGCCAUCACCGUUUGCACGCAUGAACCGCAUCGCGCUCACUCUAAAAGGCAUACCUUUUGAACUUCAAAACGAGAUACCCUGGCAAAGUGCAACAGAAACACCCAAAUACAACCCUUUGGAGAAAUUACCCAUCUUACUUUUCCCUGAUGGCCGACCACCCGUAUACGAUAGUGCACACAUUCAGGAGUACAUCGUGCGCAAGUACGCCGACAAGGGACCAAAACUAAUCACCGACGACGUCGACCUUGACUUGCAAAUUCGACAGAUCGUCGUCCUCAGCGAGGGAUGUAUGGACGCCAUUGUGAUAGCUCGAUUCGAAGGCCGACGCGAAAAAGAAAAGCAGUCUCAGCUUUGGCUCGGCAGGCAGAAUCGCAAAAUUGACGGUGCGAUGCGAGCUUUUGAUGAAAUGAUACGGAGUACAAAAGAGAAAGGGAAGGUCUAUCUUGUUGGCGAUGAGUUGACCAUUGCCGAUAUUGCGGUUGUGUGCACUGCUGGAUUUAUCGAAUUCGCCGAGAUGAGGCCUGGAUGGAAGAGUAAAUAUGAGGUAUUGGCGCAGUGGUUUGAGGAAUUAGACCAGAGGAAGGUGUUUGCAGAAACGAGGCCUAUAAUGUUCAACUUGAGCGAAACUAUAGUAUAG